AUGACUAAUAGCACUGCAAGGAACCAAACUUUCAGGAAGAGGAAGAAAGGUUUACUUAAAAAAGCCAACGAGCUGUCGACUCUCUGCGGUGUCAAAGUUUGUGUGGUUAUCAACAGCUGCGACAACACGGAGACGGAGUUUUGGCCGUCAAGGGAAGACGCUGAAGCAGUGCACUCGGCGUUUAUGGGUGUUCUGCCGGAGGAACGGUGCAAGAAGAUGUACGACCAAGAGAGGCAUCUGGAGGAGAGGAUCCAGAAGGGACAAGCGAAAGCGAUGAGGCUACAAGCGGAGAAUCGAGAGAUUGAGCUUAGAGAGGUUAUGUUCGAUCUUUUCAAGGGGGAGACGCUAAAGCCGCAUCACUAUGAUGAUCCAUGUUUUAUUGGAGAACUAAAUCAUUUUAUUGGUGAUUAUGUCAAAAAUCUAAGUCACAGGAUCGAGUUCCUCGAGGCGAAUGGUGAGCCAGUUCCUCCUAAUGUCGCUGCUACAGAUGCGUCUGGUCCUUUUGUUGUCGGAACUGAGGGUUUGGUAAGUAACCCUACUGAAGCUUAUGAUCAUAUGCGUCAAUUUGAUGGUAUGGAUAUGAGUGUGAAGGAGGAAGCUCCUGGAGGUUUUAAUGAUCAUGUUCAUCAUCAGAAUAUGAAUCAUCAAGAACCAUUUCAAUACCAAACUUCUACUAACUCUUAUGAUCAGACUCAGCCUAUGUUUUAUGGUUCGAGCCAGGAUAUGAAUAUGAAUCUUGAAGAACCAUUUCAAUACCAAACUCCUGCUAACUUUGAUGAUCAGACUCAGCCUAUGUUCUAUGGUUCGAGCCAGGAUAUGUAUACAGGUUUGAAUCAUGAUCAGGGACAGAGUUCGAAUCAGUAUCCAAAUUCAAACCAAUCGUUCGUGGGUCUUUUGAUGGGACAACCUCAGCAGAUGAGUGAUGGUCAAGAUCCUGCAAUCGUUGCUUCGAUGGAUGACAAAAAUAAUGGCUAUCACCAACUACUAAUCACCAGUCAGAUGCCUCUCACCACCACCGCUGCCGCCGCUGCUGAUCUUUCUGGUCAUAGGAUCAACAAUGGUUGGCUAACAAGGUUUGGUUUGGAUUGA